CCCACAAGCCCCCAAACCAAACUAAAAUGGCAUUCAAGUUCGUCUUCGCCCUCGCCUUCGUGGCCGUUGCCAGCGCCGGAUACGCCGUUCCCCAGGUCUACCACGCCGGCCCAGCGGUGGCCACCUAUGCCCAUGCCGCGCCCGUGGCCGUCGCCCAGAAGGUUGUGGUGAAGGCCGCCGAGGAAUACGAUCCCCAUCCCCAGUACCGUUUCUCCUACGGAGUCGACGACAAGCUGACCGGCGACAACAAGGGACAGGUGGAGGAGCGCGACGGAGAUGUCGUCCGCGGAGAGUACUCGCUGAUCGAUUCCGAUGGAUACAAGCGCACCGUCCAGUACACCGCCGACCCCAUCAAUGGAUUCAACGCCGUCGUCAACCGCGUGCCCCUCGAGCAUGUCAAGACUGUUGUGAAGACCGUCGUCGCUCCCGCUGUUGCCCACUAUGCUGCCCCCGCUGUGGUCAAGACCGUGGCUCCCGCUUACCACACCUAUGCUGCCCCAGCUGUUGUCAAGACGGUUGCUCCCGUGGCCCACUAUGCUGCUCCCACCCACUACGCAGCUCCCGCUGCCACCUACACCUCCUACGCCGCCCCCGCUGUCGCCUACCACCACUAAGUUCCAUCCCAGCCAUCCCCCAUACCCAUACCCAUGCCCCUUCUUGUUAUAGUUAUA